AUGUCUAGUAAAGAUGAUAAAAUUAAGAUAAUUAGUCUACUGCCAAGCUCAUGGUCAAAGAAAAAAAUAGUUGAGGACUUUGGUGCAUCUGAAUACAUGGUAAAGUUAACUAGGCAGCUAGUAAAGGAUCAAGGUAUUUUGCCACAUCUUUCAAAAAGACAGAGCAACCGAAUAAGUGAAGCUAUUAUUAACUGUGUUAAAGAGUUUUACGAAGAUGAUGAAAAUAGUUGCUUAUGCCCUGGUAAAAAGGAAUAUGUUUCAAAUAUGAUUGACAAUGUCAAGGUGCAAAAACAGAAAAGGAACCGUACAAAUAAACUUCAUGUAACAAAUAUUCCUCCACAAGUACCGUGGGAUGAGAUCAAAAGGUUAUUUUCCACUUUCGGAAAUGUUUUACAGUGCGAAAAGGGAGUUGGAAAAACAGAAGACAGCUGCAGUGCAAUUGUAACAUAUGAAACUCAGGAUCAAGCACAGCAAGCAUACACCCAGUUAAACGCAUACGAACUUGAAAACUAUUUGCUAAAAGUAGAAUACAUGAUGGAUCGUGGCCCUGGUUCCAGAAGCCCUAGAGGAGGUGGACGCGGUAAUAUGAGGAAUAUGCCCUUUUCUGGAAAUGCUGGUUCCCCCCUGAGAGCAUCAGAUUUUCCUUUGAGGAUAUUAGUAUUAAGUGACAUGGUUGGUGCUAUUAUAGGAAGAGCUGGUGGUACCAUUCGACAAAUAACUCAACAAUCUCGUGCAAGAGUGGAUGUUCAUCGCAAAGAAAAUUCCGGUGCAUUCGAUAAGGAUGAAAUGUACUCUGUUCAAGUAAUCACUAUUUAUGGAAAUCCUGAAAAUUGCUCCUUAGCUUGUCAAAAAAUUCUGGAAGUUAUGCAACAAGAAGCAAAUAACACAAAUAGGGGGGAAGUUCCUUUAAAAAUCCUUGCUCAUAAUAAUCUAAUCGGAAGAAUCAUUGGUAAAAAUGGAAAUACGAUCAAACGCAUAAUGGAGUCUACAGACACUAAAAUUACUGUUUCCAGCAGCAUCCAUGAUGUUAAUAGUUUUAACUUUGAGCGAAUCAUUACCAUAAAAGGAAAGUUGGAAAACAUAUGUAAAGCCGAACAAAUGAUCAGUAGCAAACUAAGGCAGAGUUAUGAGAAUGACCUUGCUGCUAUGGCUCCCUCAGCCAUGAUGUUUCCUGGUCUUCACCCCAUGGCAAUGAUGUCCACCAUCGGCAACUCUGGUUUCCCUCCGGGUCGUGGAGGACCUGCUCCCCCUCCUCCUCCACCACCAUACGGCAUGUAUGGUAACCCCCCUCCAUACCAGAUGCCAAUGAUGUAUUCUCCGAAUGCAGGUGGUGGUGCCCCUCCUCAAAACAUGGAACCCCUCAAAGAAACUGUUUACCUCUACAUUCCAAACUCUGCUGUUGGUGCCAUCAUUGGAACCGGCGGAAGUACCAUAAGAGAUAUGAUUAGCUCUUCUGGUGCUAGUAUUAAAGUUGCUCAAACAAAUAAAGACGAACCUAUUGAUCGUCAAGCGGAAAGAAAAGUUACAAUAAUUGGACUCCCAGAAUCACAGUGGAAGGCUCAGUACAUGAUUUUCAAGAAAGUAAGUUUUGAGGCAUAUACUUCCCCUCAAGAAUCUCGACUAAAAGUAGAAAUUUGUGUACCUUCUAACCAAGUUGGACGAAUAAUUGGAAAAGGUGGCCAGACUGUUAGAGAACUUCAAAGACAAACUCAUGCAGUUAUUAAGUUACCUGAAGAAAAUGAUAGUUCAGACAGUGAAGAAACACCCGUCCAUAUUAUUGGUGAUUUUUACAGCACACAAGCUGCUCAACGCCAAAUUAGAGCAUUGGUGAACAAGAGUCAAAUGGCUGGUCUUCGAAGACCCGGAGGACUGCCCCCAAACCAACGCCCUGUUCAAGCGAACUAGCGUGACCCCCAAGCCCCGCCACACAUGACCUUCAAGAUACCAAAGACCAACAAAAAAUUGCCACCUCAUCUUCAUCUUUUGUGUACAGGUGGCUGUGGGUUUGGGGGAUUGCAGACUAGGAUGCAUGGACGUCGUCGCUUUGUUUGGUUUCCACAGUAACAUAUCACCUCUGUGGGUGAGAUGGUCCCGAGGUCCAGUCACGGCUGCAACUUCGCCUGGGACCUGGGGACCAUCGUGUUGACUAAAGGGCUGUAAAUCUCAGGAAUGCGAGUAAUAUGUUAAUAUGUGUAUGAUAAAAGCAUUUAAAUUUUUGUAAGUAGGAGAUUGUAAUGUGAGGCAGUUGUUUAGUUAGUACAAAAACACGGACCAUAAUUGUUGAUAUAUCAUGGUCUUUGUGAUGUUAUGAAAAGUUUAUUUUUGAUACUUGUUGGAGAAACUUUUUUGUUGUCAUUUUUUAUGAAGGGCAUUUUUUGCCAAGGAGUAAAAAUGUGGCCAAAGGGAAAAAAAAAAGAAAACCAAAACAAUACCAAUCAGCAACUGCUCAUAGCUGAUAUUUUAAAGUCUUCUAUUGCAGAUUUGUCAUUUUUCUGUUUCUCCAAUAAGCAUUGUGUAACAGAGGCUCUCAUAAUAAUCCCCAACCAUCCCUUUUCUGUAUGAGCCCUCGUUAAGGUUGUAUAUUCAAGCUUACUCUACAUAUGCAUGCAUUGUCAUCAUUAAUGUGCAAAAGGUCUCUUACAAUGUAGGGAUUCCUUUUUAAAUAAACUUACUUGUAUCAUGCCGAAGAUUGCCAUGGAAAACCAAACAAAGCCUAAACUUUAAAAAAAAGAAAAGAAAAAAAAAUGUAUCUAGUUUUAAAGAAUGAAACAGUAUAUUUUGCUGAGAUACAUCAACGUAUAAUUCACAAUGGGAAAAGCAUUUCUCAUAUUCUUUCAUCCCCAUUCUACCGGUUCACCUUGGAACGUGGUAUCAAUGUAGGUCAUAGACAAAAUACACGAAAAGAACAAUAACUGGCUGUGGCACAUUAGGGCAGGUCCUAAUUUCUUAUGCAAAUUUUCUUUACUUGUUUUCAUUUGGACCAAGAUCCAUCUACCAAUACCGAAGUUGACAUUCAAAAUUACACUAUUUUUUUGGCUCACAUAAAUGUAUGUGCAGUUCUUUUUUUCCCCCAGUAAGAUCUUUCUUAAACCUUGAAUAAAACAUUUAGAAGGACUGCAGAAUUUAUACUAACCAGCAACCAGAAGUGAACACACAAAAUGCAAAAUAAUGCAAGACGAACCUCGAUUGUUGUAGCAUUGUGAAUAAUAAUUUGAGGGACCUUUUGUCUUAACUGAAAAUUAUCAAGUUGCCUGUCCAAUAUUUAAAAUGAAUUGUAAAAUUUAACAUUGUAGUAGCUACUUUCCAUUAAUAGAAUUUCUUGAAAUGAGAGCGUUUUUACAGAAUAAUAAUUUGUUUUUCUUCAAAUGAAUUUCAGAUGUUAUAUGCCUUAUCUAUUAACUUAAUAGCUAUGCAGAACUAUUUUUAAAAGGCCCAUAAAAGUAUUAUUCAUGAGUUAUUGAAUGCUAUAUUUUUCAUCAUGACCUAAGAGUGACUUAUAACUAUCACACACUAAGUACAAAGACUGCAAGUUAUUUGCGUAGUCUCCAUUGAUAUACUUGCUGCUGAUAUUUAGAGAAACAAUAAAAUAUGAAUUGAUGACCUUCUCUUGACAAAAACUUCCUGGGAAGCAAAUGUUUUUUAGUGACUAUAUUUUUGCAAUGUGUUGAUAUGACUGCUUUUUACUUUUUGAAGUCGGGCAAAAAUAAAAUCCCAAUGCAUUUCAAGCAGUCUUACAGUAGGUACUUCCCCUCUACAGAGAAAGCAAGCAAGCAAGAAAGCUGAUGAUGUUAGAAAUGAAUUCUGUACUAUGUCAAGCUUAGUACAGUACCGCACAUUUUAAGGUAUAUAUAUUUAUUGCCUUAUGCUAUCAAAGAAAAUAUUCUGUAGUUGGGAAUUAAAAGUUUUGUUAUGUAUGCAUGUUUUCUGGGUUCUAUUUUAGAAACAACUUUUUUCCUUUCAGUAUAAAAAUGUAUUCAACCUAUUUUUACAACCAUGUUUAAUCAUUUUAUGUAUUUCUAAAGCAUAAAUUAUAUUAGUUUUCAAAUGCAUAUUUAUAUAUAUAUAUGAUUUCAUUUAGAUUUUUAACUUCCUAUCUUUUAAUUUUUGAUUUACUGUUCAGUACAAUAAGCAUAAAAAGUAACUGAACGCUUAAAGAGUUAUGCACCUGAAUUACAUUUACAAGAUGGGAAGUUAUAUUAAAUACUCAAUAUUGUAGUUCAGAUAAUUCUCAUGUUCUAAUCUGUGUUGUGUAUUGAAAAGUCCAUAACUAUUGUCCCAAUUUAAAAAUCCAUUUGUUUAAGAUCGGUUUAUGACUAAACCAUCCAACUUUUGCAGUUUUGCAUAGCUUUCUGUUUCAUAGUUACUCUGCACAGUUUGUAGGGGCAUGUGUUAUGGUACUACAAAGUGUUUAAAUCUAUUGUUUAUGUUGAAUUUUCAGGCAUUUUUUUCUUCCUGUUUCUGAUAUACAUUGUUAUUCUGCCUUAUGAAAUCAUGUUUGGACUUAGAUAAUUAGUUUAUUUUAAUGUAUUUACUCUUUUUUCUUUACAAUGCUUGACUUGCUAAUAUUUACUUGUAAUAGGAAAUAGGUAUCUUGAAAUUUAUGUACACUGCAGAUAUAAAAUUGACAGUGUUAGUGGUAUUUACUAUUAAUAAUUUGCAAUGCAUGUUAGCUAUAAGAUUGUUACACUGUGAGGAAGCCCUAGUGUGAAGGGGAGAAGUAAAUUAAAUAUGCAUUUCUCUCUCAUUUGCUACCUUUAACAGACCCAAGAAAAAUAACUAAAGAACUUCCUGUCCUGUCCCAUAUAGAAAUAGUUUUACAAAGAUUUUCAAACUGAUGUCACAAUGAUUUAUUUACAUUUUUAUUGAUGGAUCUCAAAUUUUGCCAUCAGUGGAGAAACGAUCAACGUGAAGCGGUGCAUUCAAGUGCCAUAUUAACCUGUUCAAAGUAUUCUUUUACUUAUUAACAGUAGUACAAGAAAUGGCCUGUUUUUUUAUGCAUCUUUGUCUCUUCACCACUCACUGAUGGGGAAAUUUUUCAGCUGCUAUUGUUAUAGUAAUUCAAUUUCUUCAAACAAAACCAUAUCAACAAUAGCCCCGUAACCUAGAGUAACCUCGCAAUGAGUUUCCACAACUUAUACUUUCUGUAUUUAAUGGUCAGUGUUUAUUUUUGUUCAAUUAACUUAGAGGAGCUCAACAGUUAACACCUGGGGAAUUCUGCCUUUUUUCCACCAUAGAUAAAUCUGGCAGCCGCAGCAACAUUCAUUGUAGUAACAAACCUCUCAUUUGUACAAACAGCUGCAACCCUGUACAUGGCCUUCAAGCCACAUUGAACUCCUCAUAUGUUCUAUGUUUUCUAUGAGGAAUUAAAUUAUUCUAGUUAA